AUGGCGGAGGAGGAGGGAGGAGCAGGGUCAAGGGCGGGGGUGCCGCGGACGGGUGGCGGCGGGUACUUCCGCGGCGGCGGCGUCGCAAGCCUCAGCCCGAUGACUCCGGUCUCGAGCUUCUUCGCGGAGGACAACGAAUCUGACUGCCGGUCCUUCUCGCAACUCCUGGCGGGGGCCAUGGCGUCUCCGGUGGGACCAAUUUUGGGGAGGACGCAGUGGGGCUUCCCCACGGCGGAGGAUCACGGCGGGAAGGAGGCUGCUCCGCCGGAGGGGAAGGAGAAGGACGUGGCGGCGCCGUCGUUCUUCACCAUGCCGCAGGGCCUCAGCGUCGCCGCCUUGCUGGAUUCUCCUUCUCUCUUCACGCCUGGUUCGGUGAGUGCUUCCCUGAUGAAAAACAGCCUCCUGGUUACGUCUCGCAUGAUGCUUCGAUGUACCUGGUGUCGUCUAAGUAAUCCGCCAUGGUUCCGUAUCGGUGGAGCAGAUCUUUCUGAAUCUAACUCUGGAGAUCAUCUGAAGGGGGGGUGUCUGGUGGUUGUAAGGAGCGAAACCCUAUUCCAGUCUACAGGGGCUAGAAGAAGAAGAAGAAGAAGAAGAAGAAGAAGAAGAAGAAGAAGAAGAAGAAAACAAGAGAGUAGAUCAAGGAGGAAGAGAGAAUCAGAGCGACAAACUACCAAGAACACAGAUUUUUCGCAGUCGCAUCAGAGUUCCCAAUCUUGAAGGAGUUAGAUCCUAGAAGUGAAGGGGGGCGAAACCGAUCAGAGAGGUCAGGGUCCGCUCCUCCGAAGGGUCCACAUGAAGUUUAUACAGGGGGACAGAAGAUUCAGUUCAUUUUUUAUUUUAUUUUUCGUAAAGUGCACAGAACUGACUGAGAAGAAAAAAUAUGCCUUGUUUGAAUGAGGAUCUCUUCUUAAUUGCUUCAUAUGAGCUUUACGGCAUUCAUAAGGUUCACUUUUCAACCAGACAGUUGAGAACUGAAAUGGCAGGAACCUGACUCAUGUGCCAUCAUCUUGUUUAAAUAAUUCACUUCCACCACUUAGUCCUCCUGCUAGAAGUAUGCUUUGAGUAGAUGAUAAUCUACUUAUGAUCAAGAACUUGCCUGAGUUUGAGUUUUGGUUCCUGUGGAUGAUUUAUAUCUAUUUGAUGGGAAUCUGGGGACUACACUACACACCAACGGACUAAUCUCCACUUGGGUCAGAUUGUAAAUUUUCCAUAAGAGGUUGGGUGGGUGGGUGGGUGGUCCAAGUUUGAAGGUAGCUUUCCAGCAAGGGGAGUGAUGUUCUAAAGGAAUUUAGUGUUUAAAUCUUACCAGCUCCGUUGUUCAAUACCGAUUAUCGGAUUGGCAUGGCGUGAUCCAUGCUCAUUGCUACAAGUAAUCCACCAGUGGGUCCUGACUUUUCAGAUUUUUCCUUUUUUUUUUCUUUUUUUUCUUUUCUUGUCUAGAAAAGUAAUGCUAUUUAUGAACUGUUUAUCCAGCAGCUGGAAUGUGAUCAGAGAUAACUAAAAUAAAGAUAAAGCUGCGCAGCAAGCAUCAGAUUAAAAAAAGAUAAUUCAGGAAAUAGAUUAUCUCAUCAUAUCGUGGAAGAAGGGAUGCCCGUACUCGGGGGAAAAUUCGUAGAUUAUCUUCAUAAUUUUAUUUCUUACCUCGCAGGGUCCCUAUGGGAUCUCGCACCAAGAGGCACUGGCGCACGUCACUGCUCAGGCUUCUCAGGUAGCACAUUCUGCUUCCCAUCUGCAGAUGCCAGUAGAAACCCAAGACGGUGCCUCGUGGGCACAGCCCAAUAGCACUGCCGUCGGUUCUUCUCUGUUAGAACAAAAAGAAGCUUCGACGUCAGUCUCAGAAACAGCAGAGGGUUCUCAGGCUAGACAGAGAACUCAAGCUACAUCUAUCGUCAUUGACAAACCCUCUGACGAUGGCUACAACUGGAGGAAAUAUGGGCAGAAGGUUGUUAAGGGCAGUGAGUGCCCUAGGAGUUACUACAAGUGCACUCACUCGAAAUGUCCUGUGAAGAAAAAAGUUGAAAGGUCUCUUGAUGGGCAGGUUACGGAAAUUAUAUAUAAGGGGGAACACAGCCAUCAGCGUCCCCCCGCCAGUAAGCGUUCCAAGGAAGGUGGUUCAGGUGAGCCCAAUGGGAACAUCGAUCUGGCUGAUAAUUUGGAACCAGGUUCUCAAGAUGACAUGGGUUUUCAAAGUCAAGCGAGAAAGAUGAAUAGAUUAAUUGAGCAGGUGCCAGCCGAUCAAGCACAUAGAAGAGAUCAGGAGCGUCUGCAUGUAUCAUCCGAACAGCCAUCUGGCUCAGACGAUGACGAGGAAGCAGAUGUUUCUGAAGUAAGGACAGCUGAAGGGAGUGAUGCUGAGCUUGAUCCGAAACGGAGGUACUUUUUUUUUUUUGGUGUUUAGCUAACGCUUGACAGGUUACUUAUAUGGGACAUGUCUUUCUAAGUAAAUCUUGCUAAUGGAACAGGAAAUUACAAACCGGUGCGAUUGAAUCAAGUUCUUCUCAUAGAACAGUCACAGAACCAAGGAUAAUUGUGCAGACCACAAGUGAUGUUGAUCUUCUAGACGAUGGCUACAGAUGGCGGAAGUAUGGUCAAAAAGUGGUUAAAGGAAAUCCUAAUCCGAGGUAAUUAAUUCUUUUCGUGUAGAGAUAAGAAAAUGGUACUAGACGAAUCUGUCUCCUAGGAAACCAUUUUACCUCUUUGUCAAGUGAAACAAAAUGGUGCAUUAUAGAUCACGUCUGUCAGAGGUUUUUUUCCUUCCCAUCUUCAGUUCAGAAGCCUUAACCUUCAAGAAGCCCAUAUUGUUGUUCGUUCUUUGCAAUGCAGUGAUCUUUCAAAAAAAUCUAGCAGCGAAGACGUUGAAAGUUCUUAAUGAACAUGUGAAAUGAUCAUGCAUGCGCGGGCACUUCAAUGGAUUCUGUAAAGUAAUAAGUAAAUAUGAUACCUGGAACUAUUCUAUUGCAUAUCCAUUUGUGAACCCUUUAUCGAUUGAUUCUCAAAAACGACUUAUUUCUCUGCUAUAAUAAUCCCAUAUGAAAGAAUGAAAAUCUUUGACACUUUCCUUGGUGAACAGGCUAUCGAUGAAAUCUCCCUUCUACUCAGCGAACUACCAUUUCAACCGUAACUAGAUAUCUUCCCCUGGAUCUAUAUGAAUAAUUAGGAUCACAUGACCAACAGGGUGUUUUAAGUGGAAUUUGAUUGGUCAGUUGUAAAGAUGGCUUGAAGGAGCGAUUCCGAGCUAGUAUCACAUCAGAUCACUUCCUCCUGAUCCCCUCCCUUCCACGACCAAUUAUGCUCAUCUGGUUUAUGAAUGUACACUGCUAUUGAUGGCGCUUUUUUAUUGCUCAAAUACUUUCUGUGAUAGUGACAAGCAGACGAGCAUAUCUUCUCUGGAAAUCAACGCAUAAUAUAGCAGCUGUCUGUGCUCCAAUGCCAGCAUUCUAGAGGCUGAUAUUUCUGCAUUUGUUAAUAUAGUAAGAAGGAUGAGGAUCAUAGCACGUUAUUUCGAGCGUUAUAGCCCUUGUUUCUUACCCACGAGCUCAGUGUGCAUCCUCAUGAAGCCUCAUCUUACACCUCACCGUUGAAAUCUGCAGGAGUUACUACAAAUGCACCAGCCCUGGAUGUAAUGUCCGCAAGCAAGUUGAAAGAGCUUCGACAAAUCCCAAGGCAGUGAUAACCACAUAUGAGGGAAAGCACAACCAUAAUGUCCCUGCAGCGCGGAACAGCAGCCACAAAGCAACUGACGGAAGUUCUGCGGUAGUUGAAAGAAAAGAUUCUGGGGGCAAUGAUCAACGACACGGGGACUUUCUGCAGAUGAAGCAAGAGCGUGAAGUCAUAUGA